AUGGUUGUAACUCUAUAUCACCGCAUAUAUGCGGUUAAUCAAUCAACUUGUCGUGCUCUACCGGGAGAUGCUGCUUGGCCUUCACAAUCUGAUUGGGAUCAGCUUAACAAAACCAUUGGAGGAAAUCUCAUUGUUGGCAAGCCCUUGGCACAACCUUGCUAUACACCAACAAUCGACGCAGAUCGUGAUACAUGUGUCACAAUUCGAGAUGAUUGGACAUCAGGGGACCUAUACUACACCGAUCCUGUCAAUGUGAUGUCCCCCUAUUGGCUCAACAACACUUGUAGCCCUUAUCUCGGGUCGGACCCAACGUGCAUAAUGGGUAACAUUGCAGUCUAUGCAGUCAAUGUUACCGGCCCGGAUACGGUUGCUGCCGCGCUCAAGUUUGCGCAGCAGAAGAACAUCAGACUUUCGAUCAAGAACACGGGCCACGAUUACAUCGGAAGGUCGAACGGCCAGGGAUCUCUGGCGCUAUGGACGCACAACCUCAAGAACUUUACCGUUUUUAACUACAGUAGCCCCGGUUACACCGGCCCUGCCAUCAAGGCCGGCGCGGGUAUACAGUUCUUCGAAGCCUAUGAACUCGCUGCAAAUGCUGGUUAUAGGGUCACCGGCGGAUUCUGCCCUACGGUCGGAAUGGUCGGCGGCUAUGUGCAGGGAGGUGGCCACGGGCCGCUUUCUUCAAGUUACGGAAUGGCAGCCGAUAACACGCUUGAGUUUGAGGUUGUGACAGUCGAUGGCCGGCAUCUAACCGCCUCGCCCACCCAGAACUCGGAUUUGUACUGGGCGUUGAGUGGGGGUGGAGCAGGCAACUAUGCCGUCGUCCUAUCGCUGACGAUCAAGGCGCACCCCGAUGGCCAAACAGCCGGCGCAUCAUUUUCCUUUGCCAACACAAACGCGACGCAAUACUGGGCAGGCGUGGCUGCAUGGCACAAAGCCCUCGUCACGAUCAACACCAUCCCCAAAUUCUCGACCUCUUGGGGUUUCGACAACUCCGCAUUCAGUCUCAAUGUCGCCACAUUAGCCGACGGCACGCAAGCCGAACUAGAAGGCUACCUGAAACCCUUCCUAGACGAGCUCUCCAGCCUCGGCAUCACGCUAGCCAGCUACAACACGUCGGAGCACGCGCGGUUCUACGACCACUACGAAGCGUACUCGUUCCCGCCGGAGAUCUACGCGACGAACAGCUCGCUGGGCGGGCGUCUGAUCCCGCCCUCCACGAUCGAGGGCAACCUGACGGGCCUCAUCGCCGCGUUCCAGCAGAUCGUGCAGGACGCCGACUUCCCGCGGAACCGGAUCAGCGCGAUAUCCGUCAACGUGACGCACGCGCGCGUCGGCAACGCCGCCGGCUCGAACGCCGUCCUGCCCGCCUGGCGCGACGCCCUCUACACCCUGAACGUGGGCAUCGGCUUCGACGCCGACGCGCCGACGCCCGAGCUCGUCGCCGUCCAGCAGAAGGUCAACGCCUGGCAGGCGCUCUUCACGCCCCUGACCCCGGGCGGCGGCGGCUACAUGAACGAGGCGACCUUCGACGACCCGUCCUGGAAGGAGGACUACUACGGCGCCAACUACGACAAGCUGCUGUCCAUCAAGAAGAAGUACGACCCGGGCUUCGCGCUGUGGCAGCACACGUCCGUCGGCACCGAUGCUUACUGGGAGCUCAACGGGGAGGGGAGGUUGUGCCGUGUUAAAUGA